AUGGAAGGAGAUCGUGUGUUCAAGUUUGAUGAUUGGCGUAAUUUUAUGGCAGUGGAAGAAGUUGAGGGAUGGUAUUUUCGGCAACUUCUUCCGCUUACAAAGUGUGAAGUUCUUGGUAAACUUAUUCACUGUAUAUUGCUUUCAGAAAUUGUGAAUAAUGACCCUGAUUCGAUGACAUUCAAGGUAUUUGACCGUGAAAUUAAGUUUACACGUGACGCAUUUCAUAUAAUUACUGGUUUGAAGUGUUAUUCCUCGCUGGACAUCAAAGGUUUACAUGAGAAAGAGAAUAGGCUUUCGAAAGUCUAUUUCCCCGAAAAGGAUAGAAUUGAGUUGGGUGAUUUGUUUAAUUUUAUUUCUAGUCACCCACAUGGUACAACUUCAUCAUUUGUAGGCAGCGAUAAUGAUGCUGUGAAGUUGGCAACAAUUUAUUUUGUUGAAUCUGUUUUGAUGGGCAAGCGGAAGAAUAGGAAUGUGUCCGAGCAGAUAAUGAAAAUUGUUGACGAUGAUGCACUCUACUCUUCUUUCAACUGGGGCUCUCUUUCUUAUGACACGCUAUUAAAAUCAUUGAAGAGUUGUUUGAAGCCGAAUGAGAAUGAGAUUGAGAAAGAGAAAGACAAAGAUAAAGACAAGGAUAACUACACUAUACUUGGAUUUCCUUUUGCCUUUUGUGUUUGGAUUAUGGAAGUAAUUCCUAUUUUCCAGGAAAAAAAAUUUGUGAACUUCCAAAAAUUUGCUAUUGAUGAUCCAUAUGCAUAA